CGACGCGUAUCUCACUCAUUACAUCAAUCAAUUCAAUUCAACGCCGCCGCCGAUUUCCUCCCUCCUCCGCCGUGAUCCAUGGAGAAACUCGAUUUAUCCAAACUCAAGCUGGCCUCUUCCUCCCUCGGCGAGCGCAUAAAGACCAGCAGCGCGCAGAUGGGCCGCACCAUCAGUUCCAAGAUGAAGGAAAUCCUCCAAACCCCCACGCCGGAGUCCAAGGCCGUCGACGAGGCCACCGCCGAGACUCUGCCGGAGCCUAAUUGGGGCCUCAACCUCCGCAUUUGCGCCAUGAUCAGCCGCACCGAGUACGACGGCACCGAGAUCGUCAGGGCCAUUAAGAAGAAGCUCGCCGCCGCCCGCAGCCCUCCCACGCAGCUGCUCAGCCUCGACCUGCUCGAGACCUGCGCCUCCAAUUGCGAGAAGGUCUUCUCCGAGGUGGCGUCGGAGAAGGUGCUCGAUGAUAUGGUCAGGCUAAUUGAGGAUCCAAGGACGGACCACGGCGUUAGGGUGAGGGCGCUGCAGCUGAUUAGGGGCUGGGGCGAGUCCAACGAUCUCGAUUACUUGCCCGUCUUCCGUCAGACGUAUAUGAACUUGAAAUCCAGAGAAUUUCCUCCCCCGGCACAGGAAGAAAGUUUUCCCUCAGACCAACGCAACUUGGAGUCUUAUCUUGGUGAACAGCAACUAGCACCUUCUGAGAGACAAUCCAUUCCCAACUCAAGUGCAGCAAAUGAAGAAGUUCCCAGUUUCAUUACGUAUGGUUUCCAGUCUAAUGAAGAGAAAAAGGAGCAUCUUCUUGUGGCUCGGAACAGUCUUGAUAUUCUCUCCAGCAUUUUGAACUCUGACACUGAACCGAAACCCAUCAAGGAUGAUCUAACAAUUAGUAUGUUGGAGAAUUGCAAGCAGUCUCUUCCCAUUGUUCAGAGAAUCAUAGAGAGCACAUCUGAUGAUGAAGUGAUGCUUUUCGAUGCUCUCAACCUCCAUGAGGAGCUUCAAAAUGUUGUUUCCAGACAUAGUGAGCUCGUAGCAGCCCUGGAAUCUGGAGAGGCAAAGGACCAGAGUGCAGAAGAUCUUUCUGGCGACUCCAAUACUACUAAAUCCACGUUGGGACCUGACGACGCGAAUGAAACUGCAGAUAACACCAUAGCAGGAAACACGAAUGAAACUACAGAUAAUUCCAUAGCCGGCAGCACGAAUGAAACUACAGAUAACUCUAUAGCAGGCAGCACCAGGUCCAACAAGUCAGGUCAUCAGGAAGAGAGUGCUGAAAAGAGCAGCAAAGAGUGAUCCAGCUAGCGCUCUAUGCUUGUAGUUUAGACACCGUCCCUAUCCAUAGGAGCAACAUGGGUUUGAGCAGCCCGGCUGCAGUAUGACAAAGUGGGUUGUGUUGUAAAUAAAUGAAAAGGUUAAGUUGCGUUGCCUUAGGAUAUGUGAUGUGUGUGUGGGUUUGGCCGAGUUAUGCAGCUUAUAUACUUUGCUUGCACUGCUCUUGGUUCUCAUUUACCUUUUACACUAGAGCUUCAUUUGGAUAUAUGAUCUUGCUGGUAUUCAAUUAUUUUACUUUUAUUUUGA